AUGGUAAUAAGAUCUCUGAAAAAUAGCAUAUUGCAGAAAUAUAAAGAUAAGAUGAUAAUGUAUGCAAGGUAUGUCGACGACGUAUUUAUUAUUUGGAACGAUAAACCAGACAUACGCCAAUUUAUUAGAGAUAUAAACAGCAAUACGUAUGGCUUGGAAUUAGAACUAGAGCAGCAAGAUCAAAAAAGGGUACAUUUCUUAGAUAUAGAGGUCGAAAUAGAUGAAGAAGGGCAAAUCGUUACAAAAGUGUAUAGAAAGCCGACGUACGUUCUGGAUUUGAUACCAUGGUCCUCUCAUGACCCAACAAGCUACAAACUAGCAGCGUUUAGAGCACUGAUUAAAAGAGCAUACACUCAUUGUAGCAAGGUAUAUGACACAUGUAAUGAACUUGAAUACAUUGCAAAAUUAGCAAGAGAUGUAGGACUUAAGCAAAGUAAAGUAAAAGCCUUAAUACAAGAAGCAGAAAAAGGAUGCAAUAAGACUAAAGAUAAGAAAGGAAAAAAGGAGUUCACCAUAAUGGAAUACAGAGCACCGUUAAGUAACAUAUACAGAAAAAUAGGAAUAGAGAGCAAAAAGAAAAUAGCAUAUAAGAGAAACACGACAAUAUUCCAAAUGCUAAGAAAUGACAAAACACCCGUAGACAGGAGGCUAGUUCCAGAUGUGUACAGAAUACCGUUGCAUGAUAAAAGGCUAAAGAAGGAGCUAUAUUAUAUAGGAGCCACAAAGAGAUCACCAAGAGAAAGAUUGAAGGAGCACGAAAAGAAUAUAAGAUUUAAACAACCAAUCACGGCUUUGGCUAAUUAUGCAAUCGCGGAUCCUACAGAGAUUGCAAUCGAAUGGAGCAAGGCGGAUAUUAUACAAAAGAUUGAUAAUAAACAACAUCUGAAAUAUGCAGAGGCCUGGCACAUUUAUAAAUACAGGAAAAAAAGGCAAAAUAUAAAUUUUCGAGAAGCAAAUAAAAUAGCAUCAGCAUGGAAAGCGGCAGCAUUGUAA